AUGGCUGGCCGUAAGAUACUUCUUUUAUUAGAUGGUGCAAAAGUUCAUUCUACUGCUAAUUUAAAUCUUUGUAAUACAAAAGUUUAUACCCUACCUCCGUAUACGACAUCCUGCAUUCAGCCUAUGGAUGCUGGCAUUAUUAUGUCCUUCAAGCAUCAUUAUCAAAGUUAUUUUAUAAAAUGGUUACUUGACAAAUAUGAAGCUGAAAAAGAUGAAAAAAUAAAUGUUCUUAAUGCUAUAAGGUUUAUUGCUCAGGCAUGGAGAAAAGUAACACCAGAAACAAUACGUAACUGUUUUCAGCAUACAGGAAUUCUUCCAAAUACCCAAGAUAAUGAAAAAUCCUUCGUUGAUGAUAAUGAUGAUGAAUUGAUAGAUAAACUUUAUUUAGAUAUUAAGACGCUUAACUUUCAAAACAUUAUGGAUCUUGAGGAAUAUAUCGAUUAUCCAGGAGAAAAGGAUACACAUGAAGUAUUAAGUGAUAAAGAAAUUUUGGAUCUGGCCAUCAAUCUUGAACCUGAGAAUGAAAGUGCUGAAGAUGAUGACAGUACAAAAAUGCGUCAAAUUAGUCAUCAAGAAGCAUUAAAUGCAGUAGAAAUACUUGACCAAUAUAUUGUGCAGAAUGAUUUUGUGAAAUAA